AUGAGAAAAGAGUCAACGAAAAGAGGAGAAGAAAAGUGCGGAACAGAAGCGAAGGAAUUCGAAUUUCCCACGCCAACAAGCGAUAACUGGAUAAACGCGAUCAAGGAAGAGGCGCUCAAACAAAACAACAACAACGAAACUAACAAGGCGAAUCUAACCCGCAGGCUUAGUGAAAUGAGCAAAGAGGAAAUGGACAUUUUGGGCUACAUCAUGAAACGGAUGUGGCCUUCGAUUCAAGAGCACGUGGCUACGAAUGUCAUGGCUGGAGUUGAGCGAAACAUCAAUAUUUCCUUGGAAUACAUUUCCCUCCUCAACAAACUGACCUUCACCAAGAGCAACCUUGGCAACGAACAACCUAAGCUUUCCAAUUGGCAGAUCAUGCCCGUCGACAACGACGACGACAUCAUCCUCCAAGUCGAUGUCAACUACGACGGCGACUGUGAAUUCGCAAUGACUGUCGGAACAAAACUCGGCAACCUUGGCUUUGGAAUCAAAGACGUUAAAUUCUCCGGCGUGAUGAGAAUCGAGCUCAAAGAUCUCAUUCCAACUCCUCCACUCGUCUCCGCCGUUGUCGGCUACUUCAUCGCCCCGCCACACAUCGAUUUCGAUUUGACUGGACUGGCCAACGUCGCGGACAAUCCACUCAUCAGCAAAACCGUCAGAAGCACUGUUGUCAAUGCUUUGAGCACGCAACUCGUCAACCCGCAUAGAAUCGUUGUUCCUCUGGGUGCACCUGACGCUUCUGUUUACAGGUUGAAUCAAAAUAGAAAACGUAGAAAGUGGGAGCACAGCGACUUCUUCCGCGUCUACCGCGAAGACGACGACAUUCAGUUCAACGUGUUCGACAGCGACGUGGACAAGGACGAUCCACUUGGGAACUUUCAUCUCAAACUCAACGAAAUCGAUGAUGACUGGUUGGACUGGGUCGAUCUCGUUGAUACGCCAAAGGGAAAGCUCUAUCUUCAUAUUCAGAAAUUCCGGCCGAACGUUACUUGUCCUAAAAUGAUCAAACAAGCCCAGCAAGUGAAUACGGAGCACAAGUCAAACAACGAAAAGAAGAUUGUGCAGAUCUAUUUAGGCACCUUAGACGGGCUCCUCGUUGAUGAGCCAGAGUACGAGGCAAAAACGCAAGUCUACUCGGCCAAGAUCGAGGUCAAAGCAGGAGAGGUGACGAAAAGCUGGAAUCUAGGCGCGGCUGCUUAUGAGCCAAAGUUCAAGCAAACCUCUGCUCCUUGGGAACAAUCCAGACACAUUGUGGUGGAUCCGGAUGAGACUGUUACUGGUUCAAUCGUUGUCGAAAUGACGGCGCCAAAGAAGGAAAAGCGAGAAGUUGCUAGAUUCGACUUUGAGUUUGUUGACGAAGUCGUCGAGCAAAAGUCAAGCAGCGAAGAAACGUCAUUCAAUGCAAGAGUGAGAGGCGCAACUUUCGCCCCGCCCAACUAG